AUGUUUAAUGAAGUGAUAUUUGAUGAAGUGAUGUUUGAUAAAAUAAUGUUUGAUAAAGAGAUAUUUGAUACAGAGAUGUUUGAUAAUAAUAAAAUAAUUGAUAAAGAGACGCUUGAUAAAAUAAUAUUUGAUGAAGAAAUAGUUAAUGAAGGGAUGAUUGAAAGGUUUGAUGAAAUGGUUAUUGAUGAAGA